CUGCUUGAGUAGGAACUCGGGCCCCUGACUCAAUUUCUAUAGCAUUCUAUACUCUACCUGCAGCGCUGUUUUCCCAACGACCUGCCUCAUUCCAUCAAAAUGGGCAGCUACACCCCCAUCGCCAACCAGGAAACCUACACCCUCUCCAACGGCAUCCGAAUCCCCGCCAUCGGCUUCGGCACCUUCGCCAACGAAGGCGCUAAAGGCGAAACCUACGCCGCCGUCACGCACGCUCUCGAAACCGGCUACCGGCAUCUCGACUGCGCCUGGUUCUACCAAAACGAAGAUGAAGUCGGCGAUGCCGUGCACGACUUCCUCGCCGCAAACCUACAAGUCAAGCGAGAAGAUGUCUUCAUCUGCACCAAAGUCUGGAACCACCUCCACGAGCCGGACGAAGUGAAAUGGAGUCUUCAGAACUCCCUCGAGAAGCUGCGGCUGGACUACGUCGACUUAUUCCUCGUGCAUUGGCCGAUUGCAGCGGAGAGCGACGAGAAGCGCAUGCCGAAGCUGGGUAAAGAUGGGAAGUACGUUAUCAGGAGGGAACUCACGGAGAAUCCGGAGCCGACGUGGCGAGCCGUGGAGGAAGUCUAUCGGGAGCGGAAAGCGAGAGCGAUUGGCGUGUCGAACUGGACGAUUCCGGGGUUGCAGCAGCUGAUGAGCUUUGCAGAGGUGAAGCCGCACGUCAACCAGAUCGAGUGCCAUCCGUUCUUGCCCAAUACGCCGCUCAUCGACUUUUGCUUCCAGCACGAUAUCCUGCCGGAAGCGUAUUCGCCGCUGGGCUCGCAGAACCAAGUGCCCAACACGGGGGAGAAGGUGCGCACAAACGCUACGCUGAACGAAGUGGCGGAGCGCAGUCGUCACACGCUAGCUCAAGUGCUCCUGGCAUGGGGGCUCAGGAGGGGAUACGUCGUCCUCCCGAAGAGUUCAACGCCCAGCAGGAUCGAGAGUAAUUGGAUGAUUCCGGAGCUGAGCGACGAGGACUUCCAGGUGGUGGAGAGCGUGGCCAGGGGACGGCAUACGCGGUUUGUGAAUAUGAAGGACACGUUUGGGUACGAUGUCUGGGCGGAUGAAGACGAUACUGGAUUGGCCAGGUUGGCUGAGUGAGGAAGUCCGAGUCAUGGGUGGUUCGGAAUGAAUGGUUCGGGGUUUCUUAGAGGCUAGUGAUUGUGUGUUAGCGAUCCCACCGAAGCGGCAGAG